AUGGUCAGGGACCGCGCCCGGGCUGCCCGGCUCGGCCCGGUCCGACCCGCGACUAGUAAAGGGCAAGAGGAAGAGGACAGGGCCUUGGACGGUACGGGGUUGCGGAGCGGAUGGGCAGGAGAAGGCUGUGUCUCCAGGCAGGAUCCGCUGAGGGCGGGUAUCCGUGAAGCCUACCGCUGCCGAGCCGCCAGGAGCUCAGGUGACCAUGAACUAAAGACACUUUUUGGAGAAGUCACUUCUAGGCGGCGCCUGCGCGUUUUGCGCUUGCGUUUGCGCAGUGCGGCGCCUGAAGCCGCUGCCGCUGCCCUCACAUCAACUGCUGCCCGAUUCCUCUUCCUGCGGGGCUGCCGGGCUGCGGCUCUCACACCGGCGGCGGUGGGGAAGCUGGAAGUAGGGGUGCCCCGGCAUCCUAGGACAAGUGUGGGACGUCCCGGAACCAAUUUGAGACCGACCGUGGCUGUCAGUACCAAUACUUUCAAAAGUGCAGGGGUGGCUGUAAUGCUGAGCUGCGUGCCUCGGCGGUGUUUGUCUCUGGAGUUCUCGCUCUCCCUCCCUGUCUCGCUCGCGAUCUCCCGGCGCCCAUCCGCGCAGCCCCUGCGGAACGCCCGGCGUUCACCUGCCGCCCUCCGCCGCGGCUCCAGCAACGCGGUGUGGCGUCGCCUGGGAUCCGGUUUCUAGGCUGGGAAUGGCGGGGGAGGAAGGGAAUGGGGAGCAACUUUAUUAAUGCAACACUUUUAAUGAAAAUGCACAUGUUUUAAUGAAACAUGAAAAAAAAAUCCACAUAUAUUUGUUUGCUGGUUUAUGUCUCCAAACUACCUUUUUAAAAAUCUCGCUUUCUUACAACUGUUUUUAAAAAAAGCUCACGGCUUUACUAUGAACUUAUUAGAAUGCUACAUAGCUGUAUAUUGAUAUUUAGUGUGAAAGAAAAGCCUCCAUGUUAAAAGAAAAGCAUAUGAAUUAUUUAAAGAAUCCUUGUGUGUAUGUAAGCAUAAAUAUGUAAAAUAACAA